UUUGUUCGACUGGUCGGGUCUUACUUUGCUGCAUUAUACACGAACCCAAUUCGUACAAAAGCGUUUACUAGUUGCACGAUAACACUUCUAGGUAACUAUGUGUCGCAGAAGAUUCUAAAAAGCAAAUCUUUCGACCAGGAUGUAUUCAUAGCUUUUGGAUUGUACGGGCUGAUAUUCGGUGGUACAAUUCCACACUUUUUCUUCAACUUUCUAGAGAAGAAUGUACCUGGAGACAGCAAGAUUGGUGCUCUAAAACAGUUCCUGAUAGAAAGGUUGAUCUAUGCACCGCUCUACCAAGCAUUCAGCCUUUACGCUUUGGCCAGAUUUGAGGGAAAACCUCAUGAUGAUGCAGUGAACAACAUGUCUAAGUUGUAUUUUCCAGUCUUGAAAGCGAACUGGUACUACCUAUCACUAUUCCAAUACAUCAAUUUCCGCAUGGUACCACCAAUGUUGAAGGUGCUCUACGUCAAUCUUAUCGGAUUUUUCUGGUCGAUAUUUCUGAGUUACAAGAAAUCAAAAGCGAUAGAUAAACGAAAAGAAGCAAAGAAGUCUGCCGGAAAAAGACCUUGAAUAUUUAUAUACUCGAAAUACAUUGGCAAGUACA